AUGGUUUGGGGAGUAAAGGGGUCUUGGAGAGCUCAUCUCCAUUCGCCCACAGACACCGGAAAUAGGUCUUCAGAACAAACUGAACCGGGUGUACCCCAGUCUAGGCUAUCCGCUGCGAAGCCCCUUCCCCCCAGCGAGAGGGAACAGUCGCCACUGGCCACCACGCAAGGAACUUCGACGAGCAGAACUGACCCUAUUCCAGACGGAAACCUGACCCAAGCCUCCAAUACCCAUCGAUCUACGGUCGGAACGGAGAAGGAUCAAGAGAGCAAAACAACAGGAGCAGGGGAUCGAGGAGAACUGGAGACAAAAAAAGAGGACGUGACCGCCCCAACUUCUUCUGAAGGAAAUCCGGAGCAGAACUUUAUGUCAAGAGAAAACAAACCUUCAGUCACUAUUCCACAGUUACAGUGGACACAACCAAGUUCCAGCUCUUCGGACAUUAUGAGCCCAGCAAAUGAGGGACCAUCUUUGUCUAGGAGAAAUAGCAAAUAUGCAUCUGGGUGGAGCUCUAGGCGGAAUAGUAGGAGGAGCAGCAAGCACAGUUCCGUCACUUCUCUCGUCUCGACGAGACCUGCCCCUCCAUCGCCGGCCUCUUCGAAUCCAAGUCGCCGAACAUCUCAAGCAUACCCCUUUCCUCCUACUCCAUCUCGUAGACAAUCUACACACUCUCAAAUCUCCGACCAUUCGACCGAGCGAUCUCCAUCUCAAAAAAAUUCGUCGUCAUCUUUACACCGUUCGUUCCAAAAUGCGAAUAGGACCGGGACCCUAAGCAUUAGUAACUCUAGGAGACAAUCUACUCUUGCCAUUUCGUUCACGAACCCGGCUCUUACCACGGAUAUCUCUGACCCACCCGACACUGGUUCGUCACAGUCUCCGCUCAAAGUAGUGGGCGAAGGGGAAACUCCAACUCCUGCGGAUAAAGUACCCCUACCUCCUACAAAUCCCUCUGUUCAAGAUGAUCAAAGCAUCAAUUCCAAUUUGGACGCCGUAACAGGUUUCCCCAGCCGAGCAGAUAGUACACCAAAAUACGAGAAUCCUAUCCAACGAAACUUUUCCUCCACGUCCGCGAGUACUUCUGGCUCUGCUUCUUCUACUCCAUCAAGAGUCGCUGCUCGACAUGCUAACGAGUUGGAGGCUGCAUAUGCCAGUUUUUAUUCCUCCGUCGCCGACACUGCGACCUCUGAAGCCGGGAAAGAGCCCGGACCCACGAAUGCAUCCCAUUCCAACGAAGGAAUGGAUCUCGAAGAUAUUCAAUGGUAUCGCGAUCAUCCGAUUGUGGUGCGCGACUACGCCUUCGAAGAGGACGAUGAACGCUUUUCUAAAGUGCCUUUGGAACUGAAGCCGGCCUCUGAGCGACCUUCGCAACACAGAAUAGUUGGUCAACAUAGAUGGGACGUUACGUACAACGAAGACGAAGACGAAGACGAAUGGGGAUGGCCUAUCGGUACUAUAACCGGAGGCAGUGUACCCCUGAGUGCGCCUAUUACGGGCGGACAGCGUGCAGAACUCAAAAAUCGAUCAAGAGCUUGGAAUGGUCUGGGAAACCGAGGGGUUGGUGGGCGAUGGACAGAGAUUAGCGAGGAAGAAAGUAGUGGAUUCUAUGAAGAAAGUGGAGAAGAAGAACAUGAAGACAAUGAAAUUCCGACUCCGAACGAUGGAGACGAAGAGGAUGACAGUUUUACGGGAGAUGUCCACACCCCUUUACACUCCUUCUCUCAUCCCCGCCUACACGAUCCCCAUCUAGAUCAUGAAAUGGAUGGCGUGGAUGGUGACGAGGAUUCGUCACCAGAGUCUAGCGAUCGCGAAGACUACUCGCUAAGGCCUGGAAUCUAUCGUGUCCUAUUUGCAUUUACAGCGGAAAGUCCGGCAGAGAUGAGCGUCAAUGAGGAUCAGUUGAUACGGGUUCUCGGAAGGGGAGGAGGAGAAGGGUGGGUAGUAGCACUCCGCUCUUGGACACCUGAAGACACUCUUCCGGAUAUGCGUGCGCCCACCGAGGAGGCAAAUCAUGAGGAAGAGCAUGGUCUUGUCCCUGAAAGUUAUAUUGAGCUCUAUCGAGUAGGAACAUCUGCGGACUAUUGA